UAUAACUCUUGACUCACACUAUCAUGAUGAGUAUCCCGUCGCUGCUUGGUGACGGUAAGGGCAACUAUAGAAUUCAUGUUGUAGGCAAUAGUGGCACUGGCAAGUCAACCGUCAGCGCGUACAUUGCCACUAAACUCAAUGUGCCACAUAUUUCCCUGGAUGCACUUCUCUGGGGACCCGGGUGGACAACCCCUUCAGAUGACGAGUGCAAGGAAAGAAUUAUUGCUGCGAUGGCACAGGAUUCCAGAGGAUGGGUGAUUGACGGCAACCACCGCGACACGGUCAUUUCGGAACAUGCAACAGAUGUCAUUUGGCUCGAUCCCCCUCUAUGGCUCUACUUGCCACGAAUCCUUUGGCGUACGCUUCUUCGCUUAUUGAAGAUAAUCCCAAGCUGCGCGGAAGGGUGCAAAGAAACUUGGGGAGAAGUCCUAUCCACGAAGGGUAUCAUCUGGUACUGCAUUUCCCAACAUGGAUAUCGCAAACAAAGGUACGGCGAAAUGCUCGCUCAUACCUCGAUUGCAAAAGGAGGAAAAAUGAGGCGCCUUAACGAGUGGGACGGCGAUUUGACGAUAUGGAAGGCUGGACUGGAGGAGAUGCUACGCGCGCACUAAGUACUAAGUAGUCUCCUCGUUGUAAAGUACUCUUACUAAUUGGUCCGGUAUUCGUAAUUCGACUCAUGGUGUGAC